AUGUCAAGCGGUACGCUUGAGACCAACGGCGUCCGCAUCGCGGUUGAGGGCUGUGGACACGGCACUCUGAAUGCCAUUUACGACGCUGUCGACAGGUCAUGCAAGGAGCGCGAAUGGGAUGGCGUCGACCUGCUCAUCAUCGGUGGCGACUUCCAGGCUGUCCGCAAUGCCGCCGACCUCAACGCCAUGUCGGUGCCCGCAAAGUACCGUGAACUCGCCGACUUCCACGAGUAUUAUAGCGGCUCUCGCAAGGCUCCCUACUUGACCAUCUUUGUGGCCGGCAACCACGAGGCGUCAUCCCAUCUUUGGGAGCUCUACUACGGCGGCUGGGUAGCCCCCAACAUCUACUACAUGGGCGCGGCCAACGUGCUCCGCCUGGGCCCGCUCCGUAUCGCCGGCAUGAGCGGCAUCUGGAAGGGCUUCGACUACAGAAAGCAACAUCACGAGCGGCUACCCUUCAACUCCGACGAUGUCAAGAGCUUCUACCACGUGCGCGAAAUCGACGUGCGCAAGCUGCUGCAGCUGCGCACCCAAGUGGAUAUCGGCAUUAGCCACGACUGGCCACGGGCAAUCGAGAAGCACGGCAACCAGAAGCGCCUGUUCCAGAUGAAGCCCGACUUUGAGCGCGAGUCGCGUGAUGGCUCCUUGGGAAAUCCAGCUGCCGAGUAUGUCCUGGACAGGUUGCGUCCGCACUUCUGGUUCUCGGCGCAUCUGCAUUGCAAAUUUGCGGCUAUCAAGCAAUUCGACCCGCCAGGGCAGCAGCAGGAGUAUGAGGAAGAGCCCCAAGCAGCACCGCCGAGGCCGAUUCUAGAUGCCAACCCCGACGAAAUCGACCUCGACUUGGACUACGGCGACGACUUCCCUGGGAUAACAGCAGCGGCAGCAAAGGUUGCCAAAUCCCAGGAUGAAUCGAAACCACAACCCGCGACGGGGGACACCACCGGGGACGCUGCCGAGGACACCACUGGUGCCACCGCGGGAGACACGGCCAACGAGCCCGCCACUGAAGACGCCGCCGAAGAACCCACCGACGAAACCGAAGCUCUCCGCUCGCAACUCCCCGCGGCCUUCGCCAAACCCGCGCGCAUCUCCGCCGCGCGCCCCACCCCAGGCCAACCCGUGCCCGAAAGCAUCACCAACACCACCACCCGCUUCCUCGCUCUCGACAAAUGCCUGCCCGGGCGCAAAUUCCUCCAACUCAUGGAAAUCCCCACCGACACCCCGCGCCCAGCGGCCGGGACCAAGCUGCGCCUCCAAUACGACCCGGAAUGGCUCUCCAUCCUGCGCACCUUCCACCCGCUGAUCAAGAUCGGCGACCGCACGGCCACCACCCCGCCGGACGAGGGCGAGGCCCACUACCGCGCCAUCAUCGAGGAGCAGCGCGCCUGGGUGGACGAGCACAUCGUGGCGCCGGGCCGCCUGGACGUGCCCGACAACUUUGCCGUCACCGCCCCGGCCCACCGCCCCGGCGUCGACCCGGAGGUGGUCGAUGAGCAGCCGCUCGAGUGGACCAGCCCGCAGACGGUCGCCUUCUGCGAGCUGCUGGAUGUGACCAACUACUGGGAUGCGAGCGAGACGGAGAGGAAGAUCAGGCGCGAGAUGGGCCCGCCGCCGGCGGAGUUUGGUAGCGGCCGUGGGCGGGGAGGACGCGGUGGUUUGCAAGGCAAAACAGGGGAUUGA